AUGGGCGACACCAGCAAUCACGAACUCAUGGCAGACACAGCCGCGGCGAUCACGGAAUGGCAGGGUAUAUCUCGACCCAUAAAGUCGGCCACGUACAACAACUAUUCUCUUACAAAUAGCUCUGACCUGUUCCCGUCCGAUUCUCUGUCCCAGAGGGAGGUGGUAUCUCUAGCUCCGUCGAGCCCCCUGUCGGAGCCAUCCGCCCGGGAAUCGACCCAAAAUCCCCAGCACGUCAAGCCUCUGAACGCUCAGUAUGAUGGCACUGUCGACCCAGGUCGCAAUACAAGCCCAGAGCCAAACAAUGGCCUUGCUCCCGCUCUGGACGCCGCCCAGACCUUCCACCAGUCCAAGCGAAAGGCGUCGCAGUUUUCUCUCCGAAGCCUGACCAGAUCUUUGUCGAAACGCCCUCGUCUUGUCGCUCUCCGACAAUGGGCGGCCAAUGUAUACCAUGGCAGCAGUCGCCGUCUCAGCAAAGCAUAUCACCGUCUCAAGCACCAGCGAAGAACGCAUUUUGGUGAGUUUGGGGCAUGGAGAGGAAUCGGGCAGCGACGCCAACAAGCAGCUGAUGAUGCCAAGGGCAGUCCAGACCAACCAUACGGAGUAUUUGAGUAUGACAAUGGUCCUCGGGUGAAUCAAGAGUGGUGGAAAGAUGGGGUGACGAGAUACCGAGCACCAUCGUGGAUGUUUCGCGGUAAAUGA